GCCUGUUUAUCAUAAGUAUCUUCAAAAUGGCGUACGGAUAGAAUAUUCCUGAGUAAGGAUUGUGUUUCAAUAAUUUUCCGACUUCAUCGUGUAUAUUUACAAUUUUAACUUGUUAUAAACACACGUCUUUUUAUCUUCUUCAUCAUCAUGGAAUCUGAAAGGCCAUAGGUGUGACAAUGUCACAGUCCAGUGACCCCGGCCGCUGACCCCGGGGAUGGACAUAAAUGACAACACAAGACAGAGAAACCGUGUCACAGAUAAACAGGGUCUAAAUGGCAACCAGUUAUAUUCCAAGGUGGACAGCAUGGAUCCAUUGAUUGGUCAUGAUUCCAUCCAAUCAGGGAAAACCUCUGCCACAGACAACCAAUCAUCGCCAAAUCAUGUUGCUAAUUUGAAUAUUCAUCAGGAGGAGAGACCUAUUCUCAAUGGAGUAGUCAAUCGUUUAUCACCUGAUGAAAAUAAAGAAAUGAGAAUUACUGAUGUGAAAUUAGAGACACUUAAAACUAAAACAACAUGGCAAGAGAUGUCACCAAAGAGGGAAAGGAAAAUCACACGGCAGAACAGCUCUGGGAGCAUCAAAAGUAGUAGUAGUGGCAGUGCCAGUGGUACAUCAGGGAGCAGCGAUUAUUCCGGUUCACCACCAUCCAGUCCCACAAAGUCUUGGAAAUCCAUCCGUGAAAGCAACAGAAAUAAUGCCCUCUCCUGGAAAGAUCUGUCAGGUAACAAGUCUGGAGAUACUUCAGAUGAGCAUUUGCCAUCGAAAGGAACCAGCACAAAUGAGAACCAAAUUGGGAAGUGUGUAUGUAGUCCUGAGCAUAGAGGAACUGAGGGUCAGAGAACUAAAUUAGUGCAGAACCAGACCACUCAAAACCAGGGUACGGACAACGCCUCCAUUACGGCUGCUAUAAAUAACACCGUGACUGACAAUGGUAAGACAGAGCAUGGUCAUGUGACCACUUGUGUUCAUACCACUGACAACGGACAUGGAGGUGGUGACAAAAACCCAGCCUGUAACUGUAAAGCUAAUGUAGGCAAAAAAGCCAAUCAGAAUGUGAAUAACAAAAACCAAGGAAGUCCCGAACACACAUGUAAGCCUUCAUCUCGGCUGGAGAGUGCCCCAUCAGAGGAACAAAAUAACGAGUAUUUCUAUGAUGAGGACUUUACUGUGCAGUUUGACACAAACUUAAGGGAGUCUUCCCCUGGACUAAACUGUACAUGUAUUGAUCCCACCAUUGUCAGUGAUUUUCCAAACAUUGCAACUGGAAGUUACUUGUCGUUUAACAAUAUGAAGGGAUCUGGACUUUUUGAUCAACAAGUCAAUACAGAACUGUUUUGCCCAGAUGAAUCUGAACUUUCCUCCUGUAGGAAUUCAGUGAUGGACAUGUCAUCCAGUGAACGAGAAAUGAUGUGCUCAAGUGACAUGUUGGAAUUCAGUGACAACCCACUUUUCACACCUUCACCAACAAAAGAGUUAGAAAAACAGAAUGUUUCCACAGAUAGCUUAGAUAAGAAUUUUAGACCUAGUGAUCGAUGCUGUCAGGAAGGCAGCUUAGAAUCCAGUGAUGGUAACCUCUGUGUCAACUGUUGUCCAAAGAAAGAGGAUUACUUCCUCUCAUUUGAUGGAUCUCAAGGUCGAUCCAGGACAGACUCGGAAAAUGAUGCGUCCUUGCUUUCCAUUGGAUCAGGUCAAGGUCACUGGGGUCAGAGUUCAUCGGGGGAGGAAAUGGUCUCAGAGGAAUGUACAGACAGUUUCCACUUCUGUUACAUGAAUGGUAAUGGAAACGUUCAGCAUGGACACAGGAGAAUCAAGUUCCAGUCUCUAAAGACAGUACAGGAGAGUAAUGGUGAUGCAGACAUUGAUGAAAGUGAAGGAAAAUUAUCCACCUCUCUACCCAAAAUAACAAGAAGUCCCAUCUCAGAGUUCAACCAGAAGUUAAAUGGUGGACAUAAUGGAAAGAAAGGUUGUUGUCAAGGCAAGAGAGCCUCCCUGCAUAAAUCCAAUGGAUCUUCUCCUAUAAAGUCCUCCAUGAGGCAUACUAUACCUAACAGGAAGGUGACAUCUUGGAAGCAGGUCAAGUCUCUCAAGUCUUUAGGAAAGCUAGAUACGAAUAUGGAUCCCGAUCGCAGCAGUAGUAUGCCUGAGCUGUAUGUCCAGACUUGGCAGUCUUUUACUUCCCAGGAAUGUCUUGACAUUGCAAAAAUUGCAGAGAGCUUUCAUGGAAAGAGACAUUCUGCAUACCUUCUGGAUCUGUAUCAGAGAGUCAGAAAUCAGUCCAAUCCAGUCUCCCCAGAAACCAUGGCCAAUAUAGAGCAGAUCCUGUUCCAUCCACUGAUCAGUCAAAAUCGUUGCCAUGGUGAGGCCAAUCUGAGUGCUCCCAUUGGUCCAUGUGGUGUCUGUGGGCGGGACGGAUCACACAGUAGUCACACCCUUACUAACAGUAACAUCCACCACUUGGUCAACACUAGCCGCACUGGACAACAGCUUGACCAGUACACCAGGAAAAGGAUUAUUGAAUGGUUGGAAAAGGACAGGCUGGAUGGACAUUGUAAGGCCAAGGGCUGCCAGACUGAGAAACAAAUGAAGAACACAGAGACCAUCAUUUCUCCCACAACUGUUACACUGUGGUGUGGUACCAAGAACUUCAGUGCUCAGUUUCCACCUCACACCAGAGACUGUGGGAUACAGACUACAACCAAUAUUUUAAAAGAGGGGCAUAUUACUCACAUGGAGCAACAGACAUCACCUACAUUAGAAAUGGAAUAUAAAAGGCUGUACAUGACAGAAGUCGCUCAACAGACCUCUCCAAAUUCUGACAGGCAUGACAUCCUGUCCAUGCUGCCAGAGACCUUUACAGACCUUGAUGACAUCAUUCCCAGAAGAAAUCACAGAAGUCACAAACAUGUGCCAAGAUCAAAGAGUGCUGACAGCAAUGUUCCCAGAGACACAGCAGAAAUCCCUGAGAGAGGCUGCAUUUCCUAUUACACUUUUAAAACUUUGCCAGAUUUGAAUUUUACAGUCUCUUGUUCUGAUAUUCAAUCGGAGGAAGAAAUCUCUUUAUUUGAUCCUAUACCUGUAGCCAUGCCAAUCCCUAUUCUAACACCAACAUUUGCAAAAUCAUUCUCUGGGGUACCUGCUAAGAAGGAAACUCAGUCAAGUGGAACAACUAGUAAAAGGUCAAGGUCGGUUCCUGCUAAACUGGUGAAUCAACAUCUGCUGAAGAAUGCCGGGGAAUCCGGCUCCAGUAGUAGUGGUGUUAGUACCUGUUCCACAUCAUCUGGAAUAGAUCCAGGUUACAUCACUGAUGAGAGACCAUUCAGUGUCGGCAGUCCUUCAAAUGACAUUGAGCGACUACUAUUCUACCCUCCACAUGUAGAGAGUGCUAAGAGAGAAAAAGUAGAAAGUGAAAGUCAGAAAGGGGAAGGUCAAGUUGAGACUCAAACCCGAAAUAAACCAAGUCAUCCGAAACUUAAGAGAGUGGCCGAAAACAGGGUCAAUAAAUAUGCAAAUGAGAUUCACCCUUUUUCCCUGGAUGCAAUAAAUAAACCAAAAGCACUUGACGCUGAAACAGAAAAUAAAGCUGAUGGGAAGAUGUUACUGGAAAACCACCCAGCAGUAGAGCAUCUGUAUUCUUUACAGGAAGAGAACACCCCAGUUUCCUCUCCUGAUGUCAGUAGAUGUCACCAUAACUGCUGUCAAGGAGAGGACUGUUUCUUUGUCAAUCAUCCCAACCAGUUCUCCAGUGAAUCCAACUCCUCCAAUGGAAGUGGGCAGACAAAACCCAACCGAAAACCCCUCAAGUCUUGCCUCCGAAAACAGCACUUUUUGAGGUCAAGGUCACUGUCUGACCCCCAUAACCUGGGUCAGACGGCAGAGAGUCAGAAGCAGCGGAGGAAGUUGAACCGCCAUUCCUAUGCCUGUGAGGAGGUGUAUCUUCUGACUGACGAGUCUGGUCAGUAUUAUCUGUGUCAGAGUGAUAACUCCUCCCAGUCCAAUGAGAGCUCCGGGCCCAUCAUGUUCUGUCUAGACGAUGUGGUGCCUGGAGAGGGGAUGCAGACGGUCAAAUUGAGGCGGAAAAAUCCAGCUGAGGCAGGAACCAAGACAGGGUCAGAGGCCAAUGAUGCACUGAGUGGGAAGAGAAAGAGUGUCAGUUUUGCCUCUGAAGUCUCCUUCCAUGACAUCAGUCCACAUCCCUCACCUAAACACAGGGUGGAAGAGGCUGAGGUCAAAGGAGAGGAAGAUAAAACAACAGGUCCACCAGUCCUAGCUCGAGCCAACUCGACCGAGAGUUGUGAGUCCUCCUCAGACUCGGAUGUUCCCCCCGAGAGUUUCCGAUUGUCCCCCUCGUCAGAACAGAAUGUGUACUCAGACAGGUUUGAUGAACUGGAGAGAAAAAGAGGUAUGUUGAUAGAGGUGUGUCAGGUGUCGGAGGUCAUCUUGAAUCACUUCAGCUCAGCCAAAAACCCAUUUGACAAGUUGCGAUUGGGUAGUUCAGCAGACACACCAGAAAUCGGUGACCUAAUUUUGAACCGACUGUGUCCUGCUCUGAACCAGGUGGUAGGUGACGGGCUCAAACCGUUCCUUAACGGCUUCCAGAUGUUUGGUCGAGUCAACAUCACAGUCUGGAAAGUAGCAGAAAUCUCAGCUGAACAAGGUCCAUACACCAGAGCUAUCCAUGACCUGGUCCAGCAGUUGAAGAGUAACCCCGCCCUGACCAGCUGUUCUGCCAAGUUUGAAGCUUUCCUGUUUGGUCUUCUCAACCUGCGUUUACUGGACUACUGGAUGGGAUACCUACGUUACAGUGACAGUCUGACAGACAAAUUCUAUAACUCUGAUGGCGUCAUCGUCCUAAGCCGGACCUGUCACGAGCGUGCUUACGAUGAGAUGCUCAUCUCCUUACAACCUCUAUCAGUUCUUCCCUUUCAACUCGGACUCGAGUAUGUAUUGGAGAACUCAAAGUAUCUCUCUCACUCACCUACCUUGAGUCCGAAUAGGAACAAGUCCCCGUUGAUAAGCCCUUCCCUAGAAAAGGAAAUCGUGGUGCCACCCCCAAAACCCGCCAGGAGUAUGAAUCUGAAUGGGACUGGUCUGAUCUCAACUAAAGCUUGGGAGUGGAUCAAAGGGAGUGUUUGUGAUGAUGGACCUGAGCAAAAAAUGGAAACCAAGAUGGAGGAGAAGAAAAAAGAGGUUUCAGCUAAAGUGGCUGAUGACCUUGGUGAUAAGCCUAGGAAAAAUGUUGAAGACAUGCAAAUUGAAAAAAUGCAAAAACCAAGGGAAAGCAAAGUUUCUGUGAAUAAGGAGAAGAAACCAUUAAGUAGUGGUAACCAGGUGGACCUAAAAGGAAUGUCAGACUCAUUUUCUGGUAUUGCCCAGAAAUUAUUAGGAAUGAAUACUUCCCGAGAAAGAAAUUCUGAAAGUAGUGUUACAAAAACUCCAUCUGUACCCAACACUGAGAAGAAAAUGCCAAAAGAACAAGGAACAGUCAAGGAGAAUGUAGAGACAGUGUCCUCAAAGGCCAAGUCUGGGAUCCUGAAAUUCUUUGACAAACUGUUGCUUCCUAAGGACACUGGCUCAGCACCUAAAAGUCAGAUACCAAAACGUCACAGCUGGAAUGUUCCGAAUGAGGGAGGUCAGAGGUCACCUGGAUCACAAGAAAGUAAGAGUCUCUCACCUGUUUCUGGAAACAAGGAAUUGAAGAACAGUCUGGAAUAUCAGAAGCAGAAGUUUGCUAAUGCUCGAAAAAUUCCGAAAUCCAAAGCAGAGAAUGUGGUCGCUAGAAGUAUUCAGAGUGAGGCAAAGAUGGACAUUGAGAAAAAAGAUACAAGGAAAAAUGAAGAAAGGUGUGUUGGCAAAAAUCUCUCGCAGAAAGUGGAUGAUAAAUUGUCCAGCAAACAGGCAAGAAAUCCACCCUCAGAUUUAAGUUUGAAGAUCAGAAAUGUCCCAGAGACUCCUGAAAAAGUGCCAGCGAAGGCGGCAGAUUCUCCUUCCAGAAAAUUUGGGUCACCUCAGAGGAGAGUAACAGACAAAGGAAAAGUCAGUAAGAUCCCAACACUGCAAAAGAAGUCAGAGAGCAAAAAGCCCCAGAGGAAUAGCCUUGUGUUAGAUUCAUCAGGGUAUAGCUCAUCGAGUGUGCUCAACUCACCUACUCGAGUCAAGCAUUCUCACUCAGCUGGUCAAAUCCCAGUCCCCGUACAGUCACCCAAGAAAACCAAAACAAACUCAUCAAAGAAUGCAGAAGUGUCUACAAACAAGAGUGGAUCUCUAAAAACAGUCCCCAAAGCACCAGUGGAUAAGUUUGAAGGAAUCAUCUCCUCUACUGAGUUUCCAAGUAAGGAUCCCUCUGAAUCUGUGGAAUCUAACUCAUCAAGUGAAUGUGCAUCUCUAGAAGUGGGCCCGACACUUGUAGCACCUUGUCAAGAAAAGAAAAAGCACAGGUCUUCUACUGAGAAAAAUACUGCUGAGGAAAGCCGAAAUAGAAGAACUCCUCCGGUUCCUGGGUCCCAGACAAUGGAGCUUGAUAUUAACUCUAACUCAGCCCUCCCUGUUCCAGAUCAGGCCGUGGGUGGUGGGGUACAGUGUGUGAGUGGAGGGACAACACAACCAGCCCCGAGUAAGGACUUCAUGAAGCCUGACUUCAGGUACAUAGAGACAGUGACAGACUUUGAGUCCAGUGAGAUAUCUCAGCUCUCGUAUAGGAAGGGAGAUCACUUUGAGGUGCUUGCCGAGAUCGACUCGAGUUGGUUUUACUGUGUGAACGGGCCACAGGAAGGACUAGUUCAUGUUGACGCUGUCAAGCCUCUGAGUGACAAAGACGAGUUUCAUCUGCUUCAUAAUAAGUUUUCAUAAUAGUCAUAAUCAACUCUGUGUUUAUUUUGUUCAUAAUUUAUUUAUAAUAUUUAGUGAAAUUAAUGUCCUUGAUUUAAGUCAUAUUCAUCUGGUACAGUACAAUAAAUAAUGAUUUGUUAAAACUAUAUAAAUGGAUAUCUCUAUGGUCUAUAUAACAAGGAGAUGUUUAAUAGAAAAACAACAUGUUUAUUCAAAUAAAAAAAAGUUGUUUUUCUGAAGUUUAGAAAGGCAAAUGCAGGGUUUUCAAAGUUGAAAUCCAUAUUAUUAGGCUGGACUACUGAAAAUAUGAUAAAUUUACAGCAUUAGUCAAUACAUGGACUCUAAUAUUGC